UCCAAAUUCGGUCCAGUAUGAGAUCGCAUUUCUGGAUACUCUGCAUCAACCACAGAUAGUAGACUGAGUGGAGCUCGCGGAGACGAAAAUGGAGGUGUUCUACUACUUGGUGUUCGGAGCCUUGGCGGCGGUGGUGGCAGCUAUCGAGCUCAGUAAGACCAGCAAAGAUCGCAUCUCAACAUCUCCGACUUUCAAUGCUUUCAAGAACAAUUACCUCAUCGUUUACUCGCUAAUGAUGGCUGGUGAUUGGUUACAGGGUCCGUAUGUUUACUACCUUUACACUACGUACGGCUAUGGAAAGGGAGAGAUUGGGCAACUCUUUAUUGCUGGGUUUGGGUCGUCCAUGUUGUUUGGCACAAUAGUUGGAUCUCUGGCUGACAAACAGGGUCGAAAGAGAGCUUGUGUGACUUACUGUAUUACUUACAUACUCAGCUGCAUCACCAAACAUUCCCCUCAAUACAAAGUCUUGAUGUUGGGGCGUAUCUUGGGUGGUAUUGCCACAUCUCUCCUCUUCUCAUCAUUUGAGUCUUGGUUGGUAGCAGAGCAUUUUAAGAGAGGUUUUGAUCAGCAGUGGCUUUCAAUUACAUUCUCCAAGGCAAUAUUUCUGGGAAAUGGUCUUGUUGCCAUUCUGGCUGGCUUGUUCGGAAAUUUUCUGGUUGAUACACUGAAUCUUGGGCCUGUGUCACCCUUUGAUGCUGCUUCUUGUUUUCUUGCCAUUGGAAUGGCCAUCAUAUUCUCAUCAUGGACUGAGAACUAUGGAGAUCCAUCAGAUAACAAAGAUUUAUUGACUCAGUUCAAGUCUGCUGCUGUAGCCAUUGCUUCAGAUGAAAAGAUUGCAUUACUGGGUGCCAUACAGUCCCUGUUUGAGGGUUCAAUGUACACCUUUGUGUUUCUCUGGACUCCUGCUCUUAGUCCAAAUGAUGAAGAUAUUCCUCAUGGUUUUAUCUUUGCAACUUUUAUGUUGGCGUCAAUGUUGGGAAGCUCAUUUGCAUCUCGCCUUAUGACCCGUAACUCACUCAAGGUUGAGAGCUACAUGCAAGUUGUAUUUGUUAUCUCCUCUGCAGCUCUCCUGCUACCAAUUGUGACGGGUUUCUUCAUAGCUCCUUCAAAUGUGAAAGGAGGAGGCAUUACAUUUGCUGGCUGUAUAUUGCUUCUUGGCUUCUGUACAUUUGAGGCUUGUGUGGGGAUCUUCUGGCCAUCCAUAAUGAAGAUGAGAUCCCAAUAUAUUCCUGAAGAGGCAAGAAGUACCAUAAUGAACUUCUUCAGGAUUCCUCUCAACAUCUUUGUUUGCAUCGUGCUGUACAAUGUCGCUGCAUUCCCCAUCAGUGUUAUGUUCGGCAUGUGUUCAAUCUUCCUAUUUGUGGCAGCCAUCUUGCAAAGGCGUCUCUCAGUGAUUGCAGAAAAGCCAAAGGCAGAAAACUGGACGGCCUUGAAGGAAAGGGAUACAGAGGCUGAUCCACUCAAUGCUCCUUGAUACAAGAAUGAGGUAGGUAAAAAUUCUUAGGCCAUAGUUGAGUUGAAGGAAUCAUCGCCCAAUAGUCACUCUCCUGAUUCAAAGGAGAACUUGCCCUGAUUCAUUGAAGCACGCAGAAAGGCGCUGCUCUGCUGCUGUUACAAAUCUACAAUUGUUCACACACAGCAUAACAUGUGGGGGCUUUUGUUCAUUCAUUUGGCUGUUGCUCUAUUAAUACUUGGAUUGUUGCUUGUGUAAUUCUUUUUCGUUCCCUAAUCCGGCCUCACAUCUACUGUCUAAUAGAGACACUACUUUUAUACGCAGUAGUAUAUUGUGUUUUUUUUUUUUUGCCUAUGUUUUCAACUAUAUAAUAUAAAUGAUGUAUUAAGUAGCAAACUUUUUAGUUUUUAUUCUUUAUAAUAUCUUGACAGUUGAAAAAUAGA